UAUUGUUUGGUUCAGGUCGGUGUGUGUUGUUUUUGUUGAUCGGUUCCGUUAAUCAGAGCGGCUCGGUUUCAGCGGGUGUUUAACGGUGUGGAGAUGAAGAGGAAGCGCGCGCAGAGGCGCCGCCAUGUGGUCGCGUGGCUGAACAGAGCGGAAUGGGAGCAGGUGGUGGAGUACCUGAGCUCGCGCGAGACCGCCUUACAGACACACGCGCUGCAAAGAAUCACCGCGUGGAAGGGGAGGUUCGGGCCGAGCACUCCGGUCGCCGUGGAGACCACGGCCAAUCUGGUGCGCUGUCAGAUCCUGGACCGGAGCGGCAAACUGGAGCGAGACGACCUGGUGCUGCUGUACGGCAUGGCGCUGACCAGGUUUGUUAACCUCAUUCUGGAGAGAAAGCAGGGCCGUGUUGCUAAACCCCUGCGCCUCCUCGCCAGCACCAUGAACAUUCCAGAAUGGAUCGUGAAUCUGAGACAUGACAUCACACACCGCAGACUUCCCACGCUCAAAUGGUGCCGCAAAGGCUGUGAGUUCGUGUUGAACUGGCUGCAGCAGCAGUACUGGUCUCGGCAGCUCAGCAGCCUGGCAGACUGGAACUCUUCAUCUGAGGAAGAGGAUGAGGAGGAGGAUGAAGAUGAGAGGAAGAGGAGAAAAGAGGAGGAGGCGACAAUCAGACAGAGAGAGAUCGAGAGACACAAGAGAGCGAGAGAGCUGCUGAUCUCCUAUGAACGAGAACAGUUCCAGGUGUUUGAGGAGAUGAUGAAGCAGGGUUCGGGUCGAGGGGCGUGGCCUAACGCCAGCCCAGAUCUCAGCUGGAUCCUCGCACAGAUACAGCAGCUCAACUCAGAGGCCAGAGAUGCACUGAUCGGUACGUUAGUGCAGGAUGGGUUUCUAAUCCCGACAGCAGAGCAGCUGGAGUCCCUGAACAUCGACCCGUCAGAGGAGCUCCUGGACCCGAGUUCUCCGUGUGUUCCUGUAGGGUUCCUGCACUUCUGGUUGCCGCUGCUGAAGGUUCUGAACUCCAGCUCGUUUAUUCAUCAGCUGCUGGAGAAGCUAUUCGCUGAGCUCGCUAACGAGCCGACCAAUCACAGAGCUUAUUACUCUUCGGCCUGGAUCUCUGAGAUCCUCCAGUGCAACUGCAGGAGUGAGUCGAAGCUCGCCAGGAGGAUGAGGAUGAUGAAUCAGCGGUGGUUCAUGAGUCGCGUGUCGCUCCGGUGGACUGACCUCCUGUCGGCGUGUGUGAGCGCGCCGUGUGCUGCUACACCAUACCUGCUGCAGCAAAUUUUGACAGACAUGGAUAAGCCCCUCCCCCUGGACACGCAGCAAAACUUGCUCCGCCUCUGCUCCAUCUAUACGCAGGGUCACCAUGACAACUGUGCCCCCGGUAACCCUGACCACUCCCACCCCAUCUACACUCUCGAGAGCCUGCAGGAGAGAGUGGGCGGGGCCGCGCAAAAAAACACACCCACUGAAAGGGCCGGUAAAGCCGCGGAGUCGGCGAAGGCUCCGCCCACUCAGGAAGUGCAGGAGCAGCUGAGCGCUGAAACGGUGCAGGAAAGAAACGCGGCGCUGCGCGGCUCAGCGUGGAGCGUAUGCACAGACAAGGUUCCCUGGAAGCAGUACCCUCUGGGAAAGGUUCCGGGUCAGACGGAUGACCCGUCAUGUCUGAUGGUGGAGACGUACUGCACGCUGACUGUGUUCGACCAGCAGGUCAAAGGUCAUGGUCACCACGGCAACCAGAGUGUACCACUUCAGAGCAGAACCGGGUCAGACGGACUCCUGUGGACCCACAAUGACAUCACCAAGCUCAAAGCCGGACUCAAACUCUUCUAACACACACACACACAUGAGGGUGUGUGUUACAGCAUCACAUGUUGCAUGUUCUGACUUUUUCAUAUUAAAGUUUCCUGUGAAUAGACA